AAACAUCACAGCAAGAUUACCCAUGGCGUUUCCCAAGCAUAGUCUACUAGCUGCCUUUGCUGCUGUGGCCAUGGCGGUGGCCCUAGCAGCAACCACCGCCUCGGCCCAGAACACGCCGCAGGACUUCGUCAACCUGCACAACCGGGCGCGCGCGGCGGACGGCGUCGGCCCGGUGACGUGGGACGCCCGGGUGGCGAGGUACGCGCGGGACUACGCCGCGAGGCGCGCCGGCGACUGCAGGCUGGUGCACUCCGGCGGGCCGUACGGGGAGAACAUCUUCUGGGGCUCGGCGGGGCGGGCGUGGAGCGCCGCCGACGCGGUGCGGUCGUGGGUGGAGGAGAAGAGGUACUACCACCUGAGCACCAACACCUGCGACCCCGGCAAGGUGUGCGGCCACUACACGCAGGUGGUGUGGCGCAGGUCCACCCGCAUCGGCUGCGCGCGCGUCGUCUGCGCCGCCAACCGGGGGGUCUUCAUCGUCUGCAGCUACGACCCCCCGGGCAACAUCAACGGCCAGCGGCCGUUCCUCACGCUUGACGCGGCUGCCAAGUGAAUUCAUCCAACGUCUCCGUACACGUACGUACGAAAAUAAGCACGUAUACUGGUCGUGGUAUGUGUGUAUGCGCACACCGACAGUAUCUUUAUUGUAUGUGGCCACAUUUAAUUUGUCAUGUCCGUGUAAAAUACUAAAUAAUGUUUUUGUGAUACAUGGCUUAAUUUUACAAACUACAACAAUCACUAUGUGAA